GUUGGUGGUAGUGUUGUUUGUAAAUAUGUUGUAAAACAAGAAAAGGCUGAUGAUUGUUUCACAAUUAAUGAUUGCUGGUUAUAAUUGUGCUCCACUUCAUGAAGGAAUAGAGCAGGAUGAUAGAGAUUUUACUUUUUUUCAUUUAAAAACUAGAGGAUUAAUAUUAUACUUAAAUUACACUAUAGUUCGGGGACCCCCUGGGGGAGGGGGGGGGGUUAGGGGAUCCCCUGGGACUAAAAAAGUGGUUAUCUUAUAAUUGGGGUGUUUUAGAUGGGGGGUGUGGCUUUGGAAACUUUUCAACUAAAAUUUAAAAAAAUAUUUUUACCCGAAAGGGUUCGAACCCAUGACUCCCGUAAAAAUAUGUAAACCACUUAACAAAAAAUUCAACAAAUCGGAGGGUAUUUAUUACUGGGGUCUUUUAAUAUGUAUCUUACAAAGGAGAGGCUUUUGGGUGUCCGUGGGACUUCGGGAUGAAAUUUGGUUUAUUUGGCUGUAGUGUACUUUUGGUAAAAUUUAGGUACGUGACAUACGCCAUUCUAUUAUUCUCG